AAAAAAAAAGUUCCAACUUGGAACGCACAGCCUCAUCAUGGCUCAUUACUACGAUCAUCACCACGAGAGCCACAACCAGGCCCAAAGUCUAGCCAACCGUUUCACGCGGGAAACACGUCACAGCGAAUAUCCCACGCAAUACAUAGUAAACGAGGGGAAAAUGACUGUGUAUGAAAGAUCGCUUAAACAGAGCAACGCGAUUAUAUACAACGCGCCAGGCUCGACCCUACGGUUUGUGCCGUCGAGGUCUCCCACAAAUGCCAAGGCUAAGCACGACUCCAAUCGCCCGCCCGAGUCGUAUUGGCGCACGACGGCCCCUCCGAUCUACAUGUGCCACGGGUGUCGGCGGCGCCAGAUAUACUACGGAGCUUACUGCCACGAUUGCACGGCUUUGCGCUCAACCGGCGCCCUCAAGAAGAAGAAUAAGCAGCAGACCAAAGAACAUCGGCAUGAUCUUCGUCUAACUUGGGCCCCGGAUGACAAGUUGAUUGAGUGGCAUUAAGUGCACGCGGCUCCGUCACGUUUUAGCCAAGUCUAGAGACCACCUAAGGGUACGAUGCGGAUAUGGAAGAGGGCGCUUUGUGGUGACAGCUGUCUUCUGUUUCUUUUUUUUUUCCUUCUUUUUUUCUGCUUGACAGUUGAGCGUAGGCGUUUAUUAGUUUGGGGUUGACGCAAAUUAUGACUAGCAUAAUGCUUUGUCUUGGUUUCAGGUUCUGU